AAACCCUGGGUGUGUUGCAAUCGUUUGAAGAGUCUGUCGCAACUACCAAGUGAACAGCUGAUUGUGGUUUGAAUGCUGGCGACUACGAACAAGCGGGCAGUCUUUGUGUCAAAGGCACCGCAAACAGCCAUAUGCCUCGCCGCAAAGUUGUCACAAAUAUGAUCAUUCAGUGAAAACUAGGGAGUAAUAUCACACCGAACUUUCAGGCGAUUUCGUCGAUUUUUGAGGCGUGAAUUUCUGUCGCUCUGCGUAUUUUGAACAAGUGUUGUGUACGUGCGUGCACAUUGCAAUUGCAGCACCAUGUCUGCGAUCCGGUUUCCGCGGAGGGUGAGGGCGAGUUUGGUGGAUGCCUUACAGUCCGAAUAUCCAUCCCGGAUCAGACACAGCAUCGUGGAGGCAAUGGCGAGCAAGUACCCUAGGCGGGUUCGCAAUAGCGUCGCGGAGGCUAUCAACUCGGAAAAGCUGCAGGUGAAGAACAGGUGGGGCUGGCUGGUCACUUUCUGCACCUUCUUGAUCAUUCUCCCCGUCACGGGCAUCCUCAGCGCAUUUGGCGUGAUCUUCGUCAAACUGCAGAAGGAAUUUCAAAUCAGCGACCUGGCUGUUGGAUGGAUCGGCUCCUUGGCAUUCGGUAUCAUGUUCGCUGCUUCUCCGUUCUCCACCUGUCUCUUCAAGCGCUUCGGCCACCGUGUCGUCACCAUCAUUGGGGUGCUUCUGUGCAGCGGGGGCCUGCUCCUCUCCAGCUUUAUGCCUGAUCCCCACCUCCUCUUCCUGACAUACAGCUUGCUGUUCGGCGUGGGCAGCAACUUCAUUGACAACACCUCCCUCAACCUAGUAGGGGCCUACUUCCCGCGGAAGAACAGCGCGAGGUCGACAUGUUUUGCAACGCUCGGCUGGAGUGUCGGUUCUCUUGCUCUCAACCCAGGCCUGGAAUUCUUGUCAGACGAGGUCGGCUGGCGGAAUACCUUCCGAAUCUGCAGCGGCGCCCUCUUCGUCAUCGGCAUGAUCAGCGCCUUAACCUUCCGGCCGCCUCCCCAAAAGUACUCGGACAUGAUCGCCAAAAUGGAGCGAGAGCGCCAGCUGCAGAAACUGAUGAGGAAGGAGUCCAAUGCCUGCGCGGGGGAGGCGAGCAGCAAAGCGGUAGCAGACGGGGACGGCGAAGAGAAGAGUGGCAACUCCGGGGAAAGCUGCAGCGGCCAGGGGUCGGAGUACCAGCCCAUCGGCCAGGACCAGAAACACACGUUGAAGCAAAACCUCAGAAGCUUUGCGAGGGCCUUCAAGGCUCCCGGAUUCGUCUUAUGGUUCACUGCUAACAUUGUCAUGAACAUCUCGCUCAUCUUCCCGUUUGUGAACAUGAUUAAAUUCAUGACCACGAUAGGCAUAACGGAGGAGGAAGGGAGCUUCGUCUUAACCAUAGUGGGCACAGCUGAUCUAGGGGGCCGGUUGGGCUCAGCUUUCUUUGGGGACCACCUGCCAGUGAAGAGUGUGUACGUCUACCCCGUCUGCUCCACCAUCAUGGCCGCGGCCACCUUCUGUCUCCUAUUGAUCAACUCCCUCACUGGCAUGUACGCCUUUUCCAUCGUUAUUGGCAUCUGCACUGGUGUAGUUAAUAGUAUGCUGUUCAAAGCAGUCAUGGACAUGUAUGGCAGCAACCUUGUGGCAGAGUCCUGGACCUUUACACUACUGGCUGCCGGCGUAGGAAUAUCAGUAGGACCUACCGUGGCAGGCGCGGCGUACGAUUACACACAGAAGUUCGACAUAGCAUUCUACGUGGGAGGAGCCAUGUUCGUACUAGCUAGUGUGCUCACGUUAGCUAUUCCCUUCGUCCAGAGGUACAAAGGAUGGGUUCCGCAGGUCAUUACGAAAAACGACAGUAGUUCCUCAAUGACGACCACGAGCAUCGAGACGGUGGAUACUGGUGAAGAGAUCGUGAAAGAGUGCGUGUGGGUAGCGUGAGCUGCCUUUUAAGGACGCGGUACCAGACAGGUUUCACUUUCAUUAUAUACUGGUAACGUUCUCAGCGUAAAGUAACCGUUGUGGCCAAUUACAUCAUAAAUGGCAUUGUGAAUUCUGGAAAAGGAGUAAAACGAGUAGAGUGCAAGCACGUCGCCUUGUUGCAGUGUGUCAACCGGUACCAGGUCGGAGCAAGUGACGUGACUAUAAAAAAAGUGGUGUGAAUAAUGAUUAUAGCGAAGAUAUUAUUUAUCUUGCCAAAUGUUUCACUGUUAUGCGUCGGUCUCCAACAAUUCUGAAUCACCUCGUUUGUGGAUUGAAGAUCUGUGAACCUGCAUUACAUGGUUUUCUACACACUGCUAUUGAAAUGCUAUACCAGAGUAUUUUUCUAAUGCGUUACAGGCUAUUUCACAGCAUAAGUGCCCCAAAAGUGAUAGGCAUGGUUGACUUGAAAUGACGCUAAAGUGUCACAUAUGUGAGCAGUGUUUCUCGACUUUUAUGUCCUACGUAUGUUGCAGGAGUACUUACUACUGGUUGGGUUUGUAAGACCAAGUUGGAAAAACUGAAAAAAAAUCAUUCUAUCGACUGAUUGGAGUGGAGUAAUGUAGCAAAACUAGCAAAUGUCAUGUGACCGUAGCACUCAGCUAAUGAAGAUACUACAAAUGUCGGUGAAGUGUACAUGUCAAAUACAUGUCAUGUACAUGUAAAUACAUGUCAAAUACUGACUUCAUCGAAUGGUGUAGCUUGCCUCACAAGCUGAUCCGCAGAGCAUUCUGUUUUCCCGAGGCAAAGCACCAGGAGAUUUUUCUUCUAUAACACCUGUCCCACAGAUUCUGCUUUAAUUUAAGCGAGUCACUGAGUAAUUUGAGCUAAAUGUACACCUAAAAGGUGCAUCCGUUUAAUGGAGAAUCUGUUGACCCUUUGCCAGCACUUUACCAAACUACCUCUUCACGAAAUGUCCGAACCUAGUUCAUAGCGCUAGCACGCGUCAUGAGGCAUUUGCAUACAAUGCCGGUGGUCAUUCGUAUUGUUCUCUAAUUUCUACGGGUAUUGCUCUUUGGUUGCUGCGGGUAUAGUGUAAUUCGAAAGCCAGAUUUAGAAGCCAUUAAUGCGAUGACAUAACGCUCGUGGACUGGUGGUACGCGCGUGUUACAUAGUUCUUUGACUAAUAUUGCAGUAGGGUGUCAUGAUCUGCCAAAUGCACGCGCGCUUCAAAUUUAAGUGCAGUGCCACCGGUCUUUUAGCCGUGAAAUGCAAGAUAGGCCCUAGUAAAAAUAGCACAUGCCACGUACGUGACGAGCUCUCAGCCAAUCAUCUCAAUCUGUGAGUGAGUCGUUAUAGUAUGUGGCUUACAACUGUGAAUGGGAGAAUACUCUGUUGCUGGAGUAAUGUAGCUUUACUCAAGAAUUUUAUAGAUGAACUGAGUAUUCAAUACGGGCGAUUCACGAUAGUGCGCCUCCAAGAGUUUACAACGCCUUGGCCAAUCACAACACGAUGUGAAUCGCCCGUAUUGAGUACUCAACAUUACUUUAAAAUACCUUGUACACUAUGCUUAAAUACAGCGUAUAGUUGAAAUGCUCUGCCUUGCUACUUUUUCAUCAGUGUAUAUGAUGAUAAAUGCACCCACAGCAUUUGAUAAUGUACUGAAAUUAUCGCAAAGUGACUUGACGACUAAUACCUCAUGGUUGAUUCAACCAUCAAUUUACAAUAUAGCUGCCUUGUACACAAGCAAUACCACUAUUGUGAUACUUGUAUUGCGAAAAAUUUGAAUUUGGCCAUGCAGUCUAUUUUUAGAAGAUAUGCUAUACACUAAAACCUACUCGUCUCUUAACAGUAUUCAUGGGGAAGGAAAAGUUACAUCGUCCGUUGUAUUUGAUUAUUUGUUAAUCAUGCACGGAAAGGUGUACAUAAAACUCAUUUUUCGUGCUUGAACGAUCUCUGGCUUGAAAACAUGCAUGCGUAUUUCAGUAACCCUUUGUAUGCAAAAAUAUCACAUGACCAGGACCAGCUGGGUAAGGGGAUUGGUUUCCUUUAUUAUGCAGUAGCCUAUCAAUGCCAUCUAAUGUAUAGUCUACAAGCAAUCGUGUAUUGUAUUCAAAAGCUGGUAACAACUGAAACGGAAAUUCGAACAGACCAAUGCAUAUUGUGGUCAGUGCGACAGGAACCGAGAGAGCCCGUUUCCUUGCGACCUUGAACAAUAUGUUUAAACCCCUUUUACCUCGAUGGUUUGACGACAUACUGCGGCCAUUUUUAGGGUUUCUCACAGCUUGUAUUUCAAUUGGGCUUCCAAUACAAAUGGGAUAUGUGAUAAAGAUCUGAAUGAUGCAAAAUGAAGUACAUGUACAUGUACACCAAUGUCGCUUCUCGUAUUGGUUUACUGUGCUUCUUUUGUGAAGAUAGCAAAAAGUUCAAUCCUCAAUAAAAUAUUUCCCAACCAGUCGAGGAUCUUUCGCGAGGAAUGAAAGGCCUGAAUGAAUAAGCUGUUCUUGCACACCUGUUUUACGCAACAAGCAUGCCUAUCAUAUUUUCCUGUCGAGAUAAUCUGUCAAUAACCUGAUAUCUGUCAAACGCGAAUUACGUCACACGGCAAUCUAUUAUCAAGAUAGUAGAGGAAAAGAUAACUAAUUUUUUCUGAAUUGCACACUGUCCUUGAAAUCUGGACAGGGAUUCGAUUUAGGUGUUUUGUCGCUGAGACUUGUGCUAAAGUUACGUGCGUGCGUGUGAGGUGUGGUUGAGUCGUGGAGAAAAGCUCGUUUAGAGGAGAAAUCCUUCGCGGCAGGAUAGCAUGAGCCGCGUCUGUCCGGUGUCCACUCAGAUUCCGCGCACCUUGCGUGGUUUUGAUAAUGCCACAUAACAUUCCAAUAAUAAACAUGACUGUCCAGUCUACUUCAACUAAUAAAAGAACAGCACAAAGGACACUGUUUAAUCAUAGAACUACUUGAUACAGUUUAAACGUGGUGGCGGACAUCAUUGAAACCAGACCCAUUGUUAAACGGCAAUUCAUUUGGCUAAUGUUUUCUUUGAGGGGGAAUUAAUUUGUUAGUUUUCCUGCGAGGAGAAACUUCAUAAAAAGUGAAAGAGAAAAUUGCUUUCGAAUUUUGAAAAAAAAUACUUUGAAAAACAAAUUAUACAGCAAAAGGUACAUUUUUAAAAGAAUGAAUGACUGCAAUGUUUAGGGCGUCAUUUUAGGGAGGUUGAUCAAGUAAAACGGUUGGCCGACUUCAGACAGUUUGCCAAUCAGUGCAAUUGUGUCUAAUUACAAAAUAAUGACAUAAGUGUGUGUGUAUUUUAUGUACAGUGUAAUUUAUAUGUAUGUAUAUGUAGAUUAUAAACUGUUUAGAGAUAUAUAAGUAGUGAGAAGAUACUUACAAUGGUGCACCAUUUACAUUUUAAAUAUCAAAUUUGUUAUAACGUAACUCAGAGAAGAAAUAAGAUAUUUCCAGCUUCCCUUACUUCAAAUGACGGAUUUGUUCUUGACUUUUUGUUUCCCUUAAAAUACUUAUUGGUGGUUGAAUACAUCAAAUAUUCUAUUCUGCGUGUAUUAAAUGUUCUUAUUUCAAUUUUUAUCCAAAAUAAAACAAAAUUAUUGCCACCGUUUAUGCACAAAAUGAAUCCAAAUAUAUUUACAGGUAUGUGGGUAUUUGGAUGGAAAGGUAUUGAUGUAGAAUAACUAUCGAUUACAAGAAAGAAUUUAAUGCACGGUAACCCGAUGUACAGGAACUUGAAAAUCUCGGCGUAAAAUCAAUAGAUUAUUUGUUCAGUUACAGAGCAUCAACCAUACAUGGACAGUAUAAAAAUCCGUAGAAUUUGUUGCUGGUCCGUUAAUGAAACUUGCACGUUUCAAUGAGUUUUGUUCUCUACUUUUCUCUCCACUGGUUGUUACUCACUUAAUUUUGUUAUUUAUUAACCAAUUAAUCGUUUUUUAAAGAUAGACAAAGGAGUUUGAUAUUCGCAAUCGGAUUAUUAUUCAGAUUAGGCUUAAGAAGUACGCAGACAGGAGAAGUGGGUACAAAUCAUGUACCUAUGACGGGACACGUCUAGUGUAAAGUAUAACGCAUUAUCUCAUGCGCGUAGAAAGAUUUGUUCUGUCAUACACAGCCUGCGUAAAGUGCCGAACCAAUCUGAACUGAUAUGUGGUAUGGAAUUGCCUAUUCCAGAAACUAAAAUAAGUAAUACUGCUUUGGAAUAAACCCUCAAAUUGCCAGUUAUUGUAUACCUUACCCUUUUAGAUCAAUAAUCAAUAAUACAUAACCUGGGUGAUGAUCCCAUGAAAUAAAAAUUGAGAUUCUGUCUUCGAGUUCUUGUCAAAGUUACGGCACGUUUGCUAGGAAUAGGAUAGUCUCUUAAUGUAGGCUGAGUGUGCUACAGUUGUUUUAUGUCCUUAAAAGUAGCUGUUAGGAAGAAACUCAUGUACAGUAUAUCCUUUAUAAGAGAACGAUUGAUCAUUCCUAUAUUAGGAUAUAGCCAUGAGAUUCCGUGGCUGAAUAAUAUAUCCAAUUAGUUAAACGACAUGCUGCUCAGAUUGUUACACGUACGUGUUUAUGGAAAUUUAAACUAUUUUCAACAAUAAAACAUCAUUUCAACAUUUCGUAA